AUGUGGAUUCUACCUCUAUUAGGGUAUCUGGGGGUGAUUGUGGGAUUUGCGUUCCUAACGUUGGCCAUAGCCUCUGGACUUUACUACCUGUCCGAACUUGUCGAAGAACAUACCGUCCUCGCCCGUCGACUUCUGACUCGGUUGAUAUACAGCAUCAUUGCCAUCCAGAUCCUCCUGUUCCUCUUUGACCGAUUCCCAUUCUUCCUAUCGGCCCUCAGUAUUGUUUCGCACCUUGUAUACGCAAGCAAUCUCCGGCGAUUCCCCAUUGUUAAACUAUCGGACCCUCUCUUCGUCUCAUCUUGUGUUCUAGUCGGCCUGAACCACUGGCUAUGGUUCCGCCAUUUCUCAAAACCACUACCUGCGUCUCGAUCUGCGGGUAACUGGCGCCAACCGUACCAAGUCAAUGUCGAGGAUAUGCCAACAUUUACGGAGGUGGCGUCUUAUUUUGGGAUCUGCGUCUGGCUGGUCCCUUUUGCCCUCUUCGUCAGCUUGAGUGCGGGGGAGAAUAUCCUGCCUAGCAUGGGCUCUGAAUAUGCGACGGGUGAGCAUGUAUCUACUGCCGGCUUGGCUCAAAAUGCCUUGUCGGUCGAUGGGAAGGUCAAGAAUAAGGGGAUGGCAAAGGCUUUGGUUGAUGGUGCCAGAGAUUGGGUAAUGGAGAAUGGAGAAGUGAUGGGGUUUUGGAGGGGCGAUCGGACGCGAAGAUUCUAA